GAAAUUGGCGGACCUGGGAUGCGACACUUUCCCAAGGGUCAAGACGAACUCGUGGUCCUUGAGUUGAGGACGCGCUAAAAGCACUGAGGAGGGGCGCCCAAAGGUGUCGUGACCACAACUCACCCAGCUACUCCAUGCCAGGUUGGAGGCUGCUGGCGCAGGCGGGCGCCCAGUUGGGCGGCGGCGGCGGGCUGGGAGCUGCCCUCGGCGUGGGGAGUAGAACAAACAUCUGGCUUUUUAUUAGAAGUCUCCACGGUAAGAGCCCAAGUUGGUGGGAUGAGCAUCUUUCUGAAGAGAAUACCUCGUUUGUUAAGCAGUUGGUCUCUGAUGAAGAUAAAGCCCAGUUAGCAAGUAAACUGUGUCCUCUAAAAGAUGAACCAUGGCCUAUACUCCCUUGGGAACCAGGUUCUUCUAGAGUUGGCCUUAUUGCCCUGAAGUUGGGCAUGAUGCCUUUAUGGACCAAGGAUGGCCAAAAGCAUGCAGUCACAUUACUACAGGUACAAGAUUGUCAUGUCUUGAAAUACACUUCAAAGGAAAACCAUAAUGGAAGAAUGGCAGCCCUAACUGUGGGAGGGAAAACUGUGUCACGUUUCCGUAAAUCUGAACCUGUGUUGGAAUUUUACCGAGAACUUGGAUUGCCCCCAAAACAGAACAUUAAAAUCUUUCAUGUAACAGAUAAUGCUGUAAUUAAGCCAGGCACCCCUCUUUAUGCUGCUCACUUUCGUCCGGGACAGUAUGUAGAUGUCACCGCCAAAACUAUUGGUAAAGGUUUUCAGGGAGUCAUGAAAAGAUGGGGAUUUAAAGGCCAGCCUGCUUCUCACGGUCAAACGAAAAUCCAUAGGAGGCCUGGAGCCAUUGCAACUGGGGACAUUGCCAGAGUCUGGCCGGGAACUAAAAUGCCUGGACAAAUGGGAAACAGAUAUAGGACAUCAUUUGGACUGAAAGUCUGGAGAAUAAACACAAAACACAAUAUAAUCUAUGUAAAUGGUUCAGUGCCUGGACAUAAAAAUUGCUUAGUAAAGGUCAAAGAUUCUAACCUGCCUGCAUAUAAGGAUUUCAGUAAAAAUCUCCCAUUCCCUACAUAUUUUCCUGAUGGGGAUGAAGAGGAGCUACCAGAAGACUUAUAUGAUGAAAAUGUGUGUCAGCCGAACUCACCUUCUAUUACAUUUGCCUAGUGCAGUGGGACAUGAUCAGUCCAGGCAGCGUGCGCUCUGACGAGCCAGAACAGCAGUGUAACCAGGAGCUCCAGGCCCGGCUGAGUCAGAGCCCCACACCUUGCAUUUCAUCAGAGGCUUAAAUAGAUCACUUCUCCAAUUGAAUUUUGUUAUAAAAAUUACCACAUUUAAUAAACUAAUUGUUUGCUAAAA